AUGUUUUGUGGCCUUCCUGCCCACCUCCCCCUUGACACCCUCGCGCCGGCUCCGGAAGGCCCCGAAACGCCCAACCGCGACCGGCCGCAGCUCGCUGUCUGGACCGCUGCCGCUGGCUCCGUCGUCGCUGUCGCCCUCCCCGCCGGUGUCCUUCACGCCGACGCCAAAACGCCUCGCCCCGCCUCAACGGCUGGUGUCUCAGGAUUGCAAAAGUGGUUGGAAUGCGACGCUGUACGCGUCUUUGCGGUUAGGCGAGUACAUAUUAUUCUAUUGAUUUGUUUCUGGCCCUCCCCCCACCUUGCCACCCAUCCCUGUCUCGCUGGCCCCGGGAAGCGCGCGAGCUCGCGCGUUUUGACGGGGCCAUAUUCCUAUCACUCACACCCACCCUCUCCGGCCACCAUUCCCUUCUGCGAACGGUGGCUGCGCCGCGAACCGUCCGUCACCGCCGCCGACCUUGUGCAUCACGCCGACGUCGAAAGGGCUCGCACCGCGUAG